CUGACGACUUGUUGUAUUAUCCCCUGACCCUUAUCGAUGAAAAUCCAAUUUGUGCAAUAGGGCUAUUUGACAGGGCGUACCUGCCCCUCAAUGCUCCAUAACACGAACACUUUAUCGACUCGAUGGUUCCUUCACAGACCCCCAGUCCAGCUCCCACAGCUGCCAGAAUACCAAGCUCACGCCCAUCGUUUGAGAUGACACCAGACUUCACUGAUCAGUCAUUUGACCCCGCUGAUUACCUUAACAAUGCUCUUCCCCCGCUGACGCUGGCGUCGACGCAAGCGAACCUCUCGCGAGGACCCGCGGGGGCUAUCCCCUUGUCCGAGCUGUCCAGCCAGGUCCAGUCCGUCCUCUCACAGAUCAACGCGCAAAAUGCCCGACAUUCUACAACAUUAACACAACUUACCGACGAGAUUCUACGAAGUGGGGGGCGAUUAGCCUACGAAGUCGAAGUGCUGCGUGGAGAGACGAUUGGACUCUCGGAUACCUUAACUGAGGCGCUACAGGGCGAAAUUGCGAAAUUUGUUCCGGACAAUGUGGACCAUGACAAAGAUGCUGGCAUCGAGGAGUCGGAACAUAGCGAGGAGCAAAUAGAGCGAGAGGAGGAGAUCCCCGUGCAGGACCCGGAAUAUAUCACAAAACUACGAACGUUGAAUCAAGUCCGUGCCCGGUUGGAAGAAGUGGUGCAGACAUUUGGAGAUGCCAUGGAAUGGCCACUCCCACCAUCGGAAACGUCAAUAGCGUCGUCCUUCAUUUCAGUGUCAGCCCCGGAUCCUGGACCUGAAAGCCACAGCCGUGAGGAGAAGGGCCAGGAGGUUGCCAAGAAGUUGCGGAUGGAGGUAACAGAGCUUCUGGAUAUGAACGGUGGCGGACAGGCAGGAGUCGAAGCUGCGGCGCGUCGUGUUGAGUCGCUACGUACCCUGUCGUCAACUUGGAAGGGGACUGCCGAGGAGAAAGCCCGCAAUAGGUUUGUAGACAGCCUGGCCAAGAUUGUGGAUGACCGUCGCAAAGCCCUGGACAACCAGAAUCGCACGGAUCAAUCCCAACAGCCAUCUGGGUCGUCUACUAAGGGAUCAUCGGCUAGUCAUCGGCGCCAGGAAAGCGAAGGACCCGGGGGUGGAAUCUUCCGCAAUCUGCAGCGGUUACGAGAAGAAAUAUACUUGGAAUGAGCCGGGCAGAUUUUAGAGGGGUAUGCUGUACAUUAUGGUUGCUUCAAGGCUAUUGCAUUUUUGUGGCGUUGAUAGUGUACAUAAGGAUUGCAAGUGAUAGUACUGUGUGUCUGCAUGGUGUGCCUUUCCCCGGGUUCUCGG